AUGUCUGGUCGUGAAAAGAAAGAAGUGUUCAAACCAAAAUCUGUGUCCCGGUCUACCAGAGCAGGGCUCACUUUCCCAGUGGGCCGCAUCCACAGGCUGCUGAAGAAAGGCAAUUAUGCUAAGCGACUCGGCACUGGUUCAGCAGUGUACCUUGCAGCAGUCAUGGAGUAUCUCUGUGCUGAAAUCCUGGAGUUGGCAGGAAACGCCUGCCGUGACAACAAAAAGGCUCGCAUUGCUCCUCGACACAUCUUGUUGGCAGUGAAAAAUGACGACGAGCUCAAAGCACUGCUGGCAGGAGUCACAAUCUCUGAUGGCGGAGUCAUCCCAAAUAUCCAGGCAAUCCUUCUCCCCAAGAAGACGAAGGCCAGAGGGUCCAGGGAAGAGAGUCCAGCUAAAGAUGUUCAGUCUCAAGAGUUUUAA